GAGGGCGAGAGUGCCGCGCUGCCAAAGAGGGCGUGUCUGCUUCCCAAACACCCACUGUCCCCACGGUGCUCGUCUGUCCCAAGGUUCGUCCGACCGACGCGAGUGAGGGCAUCUCUUAACCAAUCACCGCAGCACUCCGCCUGUUGCCAGGGUGAAGUGGAGCCCGCCCCUCCACUGAUGUGGAUUUGCAGGUGGGUGGGACCGGAACUGACGCUUCAGAGGAUUUCUAGGCUCUGGGAGUGUUAUUUUCCUGUCAGUCCCACUGACAGCGGCCAAGUUGGGAGCCUGGGAGGGAGGUGCUUUUAAAACUGUCCUGCACAAGGCAGGCCACGCUGUCCUGUCACAGUACCUCCGCCUGCGAGUCAGAGCCUCGGGGACAGAAGUCAAGAGCAGAACGACGCCGAGGAGAAGGCCAGGACCCAGGGUGCUGACUUUGACUGAAAUCCGAGACGGAGGAGGGCGCAGGAGGGCGAUUACUCUCUUCUGAUUGGCCCGUGGACGUCAGCGAGGACCCACGCAGCCGCUUCGAUUGGUUGGUGCCUGUAAUUGUUGUGGCGGCGGUGAAGAUUUUUGCCCACGUACUUCCGAGCGAGAGGCAGGGCUGUGCUCUGAAGGCCGGAACGAGCGUAGCAAUCAACUUGCCGAAUUCGGAGAGAAGGCGACGACGAACUCACCGCGCUGCCUUCACCUUGGACUUCACAUCCGGGUUCUCCUGUCGCGUGACCUGCGCGCCGCCGACGAUUCUUGAACCCGUGUUUCAAUCUCUUUAUCCGGGUCCUCCCGGCGAUCCCGUCGUGCUUCGCGCAUCACAGUAGCCCCCUCAUCCGGGUUCUAUCCCGGCGUGCCGCGCGCCGCGUUUGCUGAGGGGUACUUGUCGGUGCCGCCAUGACUAUUCUCCCCAAAAAGAAACCGCCGCCUCCCGACGCCGACCCCGCCAACGAGCCGUCGCCGCCCGGGCCUCUGCCCCCGGCACCGCGCCGUGGCGGGGGUGUGGGCGUGGGCGGCGGCGGCACGGGCGUGGGCGGCGGCGAUCGUGACCGUGACUCGGGCGUCGUGGGGGCCCGUCCGCGGGCCUCACCGCCGCCUCAGGGCCCACUACCGGGGCCACCGGGUGCACUUCACCGCUGGGCAUUGGCUGUGCCGCCCGGCGCCGUGGCGGGCCCCCGGCCACAGCAGGCCUCUCCUCCUCCUUGUGGGGGCCCCGGCGGUCCCGGCGGCGGUCCGGGUGACGCGCUGGGUGCAUCGGCUGCAGGUGUGGGUGCGGCGGGCGUGGUGGUUGCCGUGGGCGGCGCGGUGGGCGUGGGCAGCUGCUGCUCCGGACCCGGCCACAGCAAGCGGCGGCGUCAAGCCCCCGGGGUUGGCGCGGUUGGCGGUGGCAGUCCUGAGCGCGAGGAGGUCGGCGCAGGUUACAACAGUGAGGACGAGUAUGAAGCGGCAGCAGCACGCAUCGAGGCGAUGGACCCUGCCACUGUCGAGCAGCAAGAGCACUGGUUUGAAAAGGCCCUGCGAGACAAGAAGGGCUUCAUCAUCAAGCAGAUGAAGGAGGACGGCGCCUGUCUCUUCCGGGCUGUAGCUGACCAGGUGUACGGAGACCAGGACAUGCACGAAGUUGUCCGGAAGCACUGCAUGGACUACCUGAUGAAGAAUGCCGACUACUUCUCCAACUAUGUCACAGAGGACUUCACCACCUACAUCAACCGGAAACGGAAAAACAACUGCCAUGGCAACCACAUUGAGAUGCAGGCCAUGGCAGAGAUGUACAACAGGCCUGUGGAGGUGUACCAGUACAGCACAGAACCCAUCAACACAUUCCAUGGGAUCCAUCAAAAUGAGGAUGAACCCAUCCGUGUCAGCUACCAUCGGAAUAUCCACUACAAUUCAGUGGUGAAUCCCAACAAGGCCACCAUUGGUGUGGGCCUGGGCCUGCCAUCAUUCAAACCGGGGUUUGCAGAGCAGUCCCUGAUGAAGAAUGCCAUAAAAACAUCAGAGGAGUCAUGGAUUGAACAGCAGAUGCUGGAAGACAAGAAGAGGGCCACAGACUGGGAGGCCACGAAUGAGGCCAUUGAGGAGCAAGUGGCUCGGGAAUCCUACCUGCAGUGGCUGCGGGAUCAGGAAAAACAGGCCCGCCAGGUCCGCGGCACCAGCCAGCCCCGGAAAGCCAGCGCCACGUGCAGUUCCGCUACAGCUGCGGCCUCUAGUGGCCUGGAGGAGUGGACUAGCCGGUCCCCACGGCAGCGGAGUUCAGCGUCGUCACCCGAGCACCCUGAGCUGCACGCCGAGCUGGGCAUCACGCCCCCCUCCCCAGGCACUGUCUUAGCUCUUGCCAAACCUCCUUCGCCCAGUGCGCCAGGUACAAGCAGCCAGUUUCCAACCGGGGCCGACCAGGCGACUUCCCCCCUCGUGUCCCUGUACCCUGCUCUGGAGUGCCGGGCCCUCAUUCAGCAGAUGUCCCCCUCCGCCUUCGGUCUGAAUGAUUGGGAUGACGAUGAGAUCCUGGCGUCGGUGCUGGCAGUGUCCCAACAGGAAUACCUAGACAGUAUGAAGAAAAACAAAGUGCACAGAGAUCCACCCCCAGACAAGAGUUGAUGGCGACCCAGAGACUUGGAGACCAUCUCCCAACCCCUGCCACUCCUGCCCUCCAGUGCCACCCCACCUUCUCUGGCUUUCUUCCCUCUUGCCUUCUUCCUCCUUCCGUCUCUCCCUCCCUUGUUCUCCUCCCUACUUCCCUCUUGCUGGCCCAUCCCUGUGCCCUGUCUCAUCGCUGCCACCACCACCAUCACCUGUCUCUUCGCCAACUGAUGUGCCCUGUUGCCCCUUGCACAGCACCAUCCCUGCCUUCCACUGGGGACUUGGGCAAAGGUGCCGAAGGUAGGCGAGAGGCACACAGAGACAGAGCAUCCGGCAGCCAGGCCACCCCUGAGGAGAGACGUUCAGACAGAGGAAAGCCUCCCUGACCCCCGUUCCUUCCAAGAUCAGAAAAACUUGUCACCCCACCUCCACAACAUUGCCAGGGAGGUGGGAGGAAGAAGUGGGGAAUUCCCCUUCCUAGUACCCCAAGAAUGUCUGAGCCUUCAAUGUUGGAUUUUUUCUUUAUUAAAAUGUACUUUUAUCAAGUCAACCAUUCAAAA